AUGACCUUUUGCCGCGAGCUGGACCUAGCAGUCAUUGCCGGCCUAUGCAUCACAGCCCAGGAGGGGACGAUAGAUGUCAUGAUGCUCCGAUAUCACAUUCCAGAUGACUUGUCAGGCUCUACCGUCAAGACAACCAGAUCACUCGGCAUAAGCCCAGCAUCCACAUUCAGGAUCAAGAUAGCAUUCAUCAUUCAUUAUUCACCAGCGAGACAAAGCGGCGGAAAUGCUCUCCAAGCCUCAAUCCAAGAAUAUACCUCGACCUCAGCAGCAAACUUAAUUCCCUUGUCUCUAUCUAUCCGAGUCUAUGUUUUUGACCGGCUGCUCAAUGUCCUCGUUGGCAUUAAGGCUACAGUAUUUGCAGUCACUAGAUCAGCAACCGCCAGGACUAGUAGUGGUGUGACCACUGCACCAGGAAAGGAUAUUUGCAAGAAUGGGUACCAGUCCGCGGACGACUUCACUUUCGACAUUAAUACCUAUAUGGCCUAUCUAUAUUCAGAUACUCUCUGUAAUCUGACUCUGUCAACCCAUGACACCGAGUGCAUCGAUUUCAGAGCUCUCCAACGACAUGACCCUAGACUUUAA